AUGAUAGACUAUUUACAAAAAUUAGGUCCGAUAGAUAUCACCCGAAUGUUGAUCAGAAAAAGAGAUUAUGUUAACCAGAAAAUUGGAAAAAUAGUAGAAGAAGGUUUCGAUAAACUUCAUGUUAUAUCCGAUUAUGAUAAAACGAUAACUAAACAACAUGUAAAUGGGAAAAAUCAGUUAAAUGCUUAUGAGGUUUUGAGAAGAUGCCCGUCAGUUCCGAAGUCUGUUGCAGCUUAUCUUGUUGAAAUAUCUGAAAAAUAUUCAGUAUUAGACAAGAAUCCAGAACUUUCAAACGAAGAAAGAAUGAGAUAUAUGGCAGAAUGGUGGAAUAAAACCAUAGAAGCAUAUCAAGACAUAAAUAUUACACAAGAAGAAAUUGAUAAAACGUGUUUGGAUAUUGGACCAUCUUUAAGAGACGAAGCUAAAGAUUUUUUCGAAAUUUUAACAAAAAAAGAAGUACCCGUACUAAUUAUUUCAGCAGGAGUUGGAGAAGUUCUUGAAUCUUUACUGAAAAAUUCUGGAAUUGUAGGAUCGAAUAUAGAGUUAGUUACAAAUUAUUUAAAACGAGAUAAUGAAGGAAGAAUCAUAGGAUAUCAAUCAGAUCCAAUACACACAGCCAAUAAAAACCUUCAUGAUUUGAAAAAAACUCAAUUUUACAAGAAUGUAGCUGAUAGAACAAACCUUCUUAUUAUGGGGGAUCAUCUAGGCGACACUAUUGUAGGUUCACAAUUAGAUCACGUCGACAACAUAUUAAAAAUUGGAUUUUUCUAUGGAGAGGCUGAAGCGAUGCUGCCUAAUUGGUUGAAUACAUUCGAUAUAAUUCUAAAAGAUGACCAAACAAUGAAUGUACCGAAAGCCAUUUUAGAAUUAUUAAAACAUGAAUGA